AUGUCUUAUGGAUGUUGUGACAAUGUAAACACUGUUCCUGCACAGCCAAUGCAGAGAAGAAAAUGUAGGUCUGGUUAUUUUGGAAUAAACUGUUCAUGGCCAUGCAGAUACCCAAACUAUGGAGAAGAUUGUCAAAGCAAAUGUAAUUGUGAAGAACAUAUGUGCAACAUUUCCUACGAAUGUAGAUAUAAUAAUGUCAACACUGUUACUGCCCAGACAAGACAAAAAAGUACAUAUUCAACAAAAUAUAGACCCCAAAAAAUGGAUUCGUCGGUGAAUUUUAUAAUGAUAGGAAUAUUAACAUCAGUUGGUUUUUUCCUCGUAAUAAUCUCAAUAAUAGUAAUAGCUAAUUUAAACAGAAAACAUUUCUCCCAAAGAAUACGGCAAACGGAGCAAUUCAUCGAUUCUGUGAUGGUGGAUAAUGCAAUAAAUAGAGGUAGAGACACGUGA